GGCGAGCGGUAUCGCGCGGAGAGACAUGUCACCAGUCGAGACCCUCAUCCUUCUGGCGAUCGUUCUCGCGUCAGCGUACACGUACCCGCAGAACACGCUGCUGAACGAUGUGGAGUCGGUCAUCAAGUCGGUGUUCAAGGCUGCACAGGAACCAGCCACGUUCAACUUGUAUACUAGAGAAAAUCCGUUUGGGGAGGAGAAAUUGUUCUUAAACAACACAGAGGUCCUCUACGCGUCCCACCUCAAUGAAAGUCGUCCGACGAAGUUCAUCAUUCACGGUUACAGCGACACCGGAAAUGAGGCCUGGGUACGAGGUUUGAUAGACGCGUACCUGCUUCACCAAGACGUGAACGUGAUCGUCGUCGGUUGGGGCGUAUUGGCCAGCGACGUCUAUCCAGUGGCCGCGAACAAUACCCGCCGGGUGGGCGAGUUUCUCGGUGAUUUUCUCGAAUUUCUGAACCGCGAGUCGAAUCUCGAGUACAAGGACGUUCACAUCACCGGGCACAGUUUGGGCUCGCACCUUGCCGGUUUCGCCGGCGCUUACUUGGAUGGACGUAUCGGCAGAAUAACAGGCCUAGAUCCGGCGAGUCCCCUGUUCGAGACGAUUUCUGGCAUUGUUGACCCGGAAUUCCGAUUAGAUCCAACCGAUGCGCAAUUCGUCGAUGUGAUUCACACGAGCGGCUCGGCGUUUGGAUUCUUGGCACCGCUGGGUCACGCUGACUUCUACCCGAACAGCGGAAAGUUCCCGCAGCCUGGAUGCUCGUUCAUGCCUACGACAACGCCGAAUGGUUUGUCAGCUUAUUGCAGUCAUUCGCGGGCGCAUCAGUUCAUGACGGAAAGUAUAGGAAGCACCGCAGGCUUCAAGGCAAGAACCUGCGAGAACUGGGAGAAGUACAAAGACGGACGUUGCGAUUACAACCCGGUCGUACUGAUGGGUGAAUACGCGUCCACGUCGUUACGAGGAAAGUUUUACCUGGCAACGAACGAUGCACCAUCAUUCGCGAUAGAGUGAUCAUUGACGACAAUGGGAACUGGAGGCUGGAACGACAGAGCGUGGUGGCGAUCGUGUUCGCGCGAUAUAAAACGAUCCGUACUAGUCAUUUAUAAGUUACUUUAUUUAUGCAGCGUGAGAAGUUCUAUUUGAGAGGACGGGCCCUGAACGUGAUCGAAAGAGAGUUGCUAGAGAAUAUAAAUUAUGUUAGUUAAAGUAGAUCAGUUCGAUUGCAUUCCUUCUUUUUUUGUGUCCUUCU